CAGCGGCAAGCGGCAACGCCCUGCCUCACGGAGUACGUCCGCGACACGUGCAAGGUGCUGGAGCCCAGCGAGCAGCGAACCGUGUUGGGCGGAUUGCUGGCCGACAGCCGCGAGCAGGGGGAGGCGUUCGGCCGGCUGUGCGCGAAGGUGGACGCUCUGCACGAGGCCAUCGACGAGGUCGGCGAUGCGGCGACCGAGUUUGUCCUCAAGAGUGAAUGCGCGGACGUCUGCAAGGCCACGUACGCCCUGCGGCUCAACGGCGACAGGAUCCCGGAGGACUCCCUCGCGUCCUUCGAGCCGGCAUUCCGCAACAGCAUCGGGCGCACGCUGGGGGGCGAGCUGGGCGACGAGCCGUGGGCGCAAGCCACCUGCGCCACGCGUGAGGGGGGCCUGGGUGCGCGAACGCCUCUGGAGGUCAGCCUGCCCGCGUUCGUCGCGAGCCAGGCGACUGCGCGCCCAGGCUGCUGGGCCGGGCAGACGGAUAAUCUUCGCGCACUGGUUGAGGAUAGCGCCCGCUCGGCUCAGGAUUGGUGGGACGCCGCCGCGCGCGGCGAGGAGGAGCAAGCGUCGAGCCGCGACAUGGACCCGCUGAUGGGCGAGGACGCCGAGGACUCAGGCUCGCCGCGGGCGCCCGCUCUACAGGCGAGCCUGUGUCGAGCCCUCGAUGCUCUGAGGCUCCGGGAGUUGGAAGCACGGUGGUUGGCUGAGGGGCGCCACGAGGACCUCCGGCGCCUCGCCGACCUACGGGACCCGCACCAGGACCACUCUUGGAUGCGGUCUCUGAACCCCGCUGUGGGCGCGGCGGUGGCGCAAGACAAAUUGCCGACGGCCAUGCGCAUUCGCCCCGGGUGCUCCUUCGCCCACGCGGAGAGGCUCUGCGCGGCUUGUGGAGAGCGCGUGCUGGAUCCGCAAGGCUACCACGCGCUGUGCUGCGUUCGCGGCGAGUCCACGAGGGGCUACUACUGCGUGCGGGACGCCCCGGCGGCGCCGUUCGCAGCGGCAGACGCGACAACCGCGUGCGAGGUGCCGGGCCUGGUGCCAUCCGCACCAGAGCUGCGACCAGCAGACGUACUGACUCAGGCCGCCCACCCGCGCUUGACCAGUGCCGUCGACGUGUUGGUGAAAUCACCAAACGCGACGGGCGCGGGCUUCGAUUGCACCGAGGCCGGCAAGAGGGAGAAGCUCGAGAGGUAUGCUUCAGUGCUGCCAGAACUCGAGGUGCCAGUGCGCGGCUGGGCGCGGGAUCUGGCUGUCGCGGUCAGGUCGCGGGCGGCGGCGAUGGUCCACAGAUGUUUGGGCGACGGCGGCGACGAGCGGGCGGCGGCGACCUCCGCGGGAGAGGGCCGCGAGGACGACGAGGACGAGAAGGAGGAGGCUGGACAGGGGCGAGGGGGCGUCCACGUUCGCGUGCUCGGCUUAGCGGUGGCGGGCGAGGCCGCUGCUGGGGGCGCGUGA